UGAGAAAACACGUAGAUAUAUGGACACAUAAUACUCCUGACUAAUUGGUGUGCGUACGUAUAAAUAGUCGUGAUUAAUUGGUGCCCGGCCACAACAAGCGAGCCAAUUGCAGAUCGAUAUGUGGGUAUGGGUGGUUUUGUUCUUCCUGCUCCUCGCUAUCAUCGUUUUGGUUGCUUUCCAGCUUAUGUGUUUGGCUGAUCUAGAAUUCGACUAUAUCAACCCUUAUGACUCUGCCUCUAGGAUUAACCAAGCUGUUCUUUUUGAGUUCAUUGUACAAGGAGUUUUGUGCUUACUCUAUCUAGGAACCGGCCAUUGGAUUAUGUCGCUUCUUUGCUGUCCUUACUUAUACUACGAUGUGCACCUAUAUUUGCAGAAACAACACUUUAUGGAUGUGACGGAGAUUUUUAACCAGCUCAAUUGGGAGAAAAGGCAAAGGCUUUGGAAACUUGGGUAUCUUGUUAUUCUCUUCAUCAUCUCCUUAGUUGUGUUGAUACGUUGUGUCGUGGAAGACGAUGAUCAAACGUUAAAAUAUCCUUUGUAGUCUACCAAUUCUCACAUUUUAAGGCAAGGGUUUGUACACAUUAAGGCACAAACUGUGAUCAGAACCAAUAAUGACUUUACAUUCGGUAAAGUCGGACCAAUUCCUAUUGAAUUUGUUAAUUAAAAGCAAAAUCAGGUACUGGUACUGACUAGACCAGUACCGCUUGGAAUUGAUUUGGAAUUAAAAGCAAAACUGAAUCGAUUUGGAAUUGAUUCUGAAUUUCUUGCUUAGAACUCAAAAUCAGGUCAAUCAUGGGUCUACUGUGCAUCUUAAAAUUGUAUGUUUCAUAUCUUUUAAUAAUGUACUACAAGUUUAUAACUAUGACUAU